AUGUCACCACCCGGAUCGAAGUCGACGCCGAAGUCGACGAGGGCGCGCCUGAAUCUUCCAUCCAGCGAGACCAAAUUCGACAUCAAUUACGAGAAGGAGGAGGGCGAGACCGAUCCGACGGGCAGCUUGCCUGUGGAGACGCUGACGGCCAAGGAUGAUGACGAGGAGGCGCAGGAAAUGAUGGUGCAAAAGAUAAAGUCGGACCCCCGAUUCAAGCUCCCGCCUCUGAAGUCGAUACUGAAGAAGCCACCCGUCGAAGAGGAAGAGGGCACCAAAACGAAGUUGGGCCUUCGUGCGGCUGCGAUGGCUGCUACUACCUUCGCGCGGCGUCGAGCAAAUGUGGGUCUCAUUGAUUUCCCUGGGCUCAUCGAACCUCUCAAAGCCGCGGCUGCCAAGAAGGCUGCGGGAGAUGCCACCGCGGUAGGUUGCGUUUCAUGUCUCUACAACAAGUGCUCAAAGCAUCCACACAUCGCGAAGCCAGACUCUGGAGGGCGAGCACAGUUUAUUGACAAUCCAGGGAACAUACUUCAUCUCUACGAGCUUGAAAAGAAGAAGCUGGGGGAAGGGUCCUUAGGCUAUGUCUGCAAGGCGAAGAACACGGCGACGGGCCUUGUCCGCGCCGUGAAGACCAUUGCCAAGGGGGACGUGAAGAACAUGGAGCGGCUCAACCAAGAGAUUGCAAUCAUGAAAAUGAUGGACCAUCCGAACAUCAUUAAACUCUACGAGAGCUUCGAAGACGAGAGGAAUAUAUACCUAGUCAUGGAGCUUUGUUCGGGUGGUGAGGUUUUCGCCCACAUCAUUGAAAACGGCAACUUCACAGAGGUGAUAGCUGCCACCUUGAUGCAGCAGAUCAUCCGUGCCGUGCACUAUAUGCACGAGAACAAGGUUGCACACCGGGACCUGAAGCCCGAGACCUUUCUUUUCGCUUCCCGGGAGCGCCUAGAAAACAAUUGCCUCAAGAUCAUUGACGUCGGCCUUUCCUGCAAGUUCGUGGAGGGCCAGAUGCUGGCGAUCAAGGCUGGCGCGCCGUACUACGUCGCACCCGAGGUGCUGUCGGGCAACCACGACGAGGCGUGUGACCUUUGGAGUUGCGGCGUCAUCAUGUACGUGCUGCUCUGCGGUUAUCCUCCCUUCUUUGGGGACUCCGAUCAGGAAGUUUUGUCCAAGGUGAAGAUGGGCAACUUCGGUUUUAAUCCUGCCGACUGGAAGAAUGUGUCGGAGGAUGCCAAGGACCUCAUACGCAGCCUGCUCCAGAUGAAGCCCAGAGCCAGGUUCACUGCAGAUCAGGCGUUGCAGCACGAGUGGAUCAAGCUCAAGGCACCGAGGGCCAGGAACGAUCAGCUGGAGAGUGCCAAAGAGCAGUUUUUUUCGUCUCUAAAAUACCGUAGCGACAAGGCACACUUACCCAUCAUCCGUCCGCAGAACGAGGAUCAGAUCAAGCAGCUCCGAGACGUUUUGAUGAUGAUCGAUAGCAACGGAACAGGCUUAGUGACACUCAAUGAAAUGAAGGAGGGGCUUUCCAAGGCCGGCUUGAAGGACAUCCCGGUCGACUGGUCGCCGAUGCAGGGAGUGGAUUCGAGUCCACAGCACAGGCGACGCUUCGCUUCCUGGCAUACGCAUAGUCCAUUUGUAUUGGGAGUGGAUUCGGAUGGGAGUUUGAAGAUCGACUACACGGAGCUUCUAGCAGCGACUUUAGACAGGAUGUACAGCCAAGAAGACGUUUGCUGGUCUGCCUUCCGUGUCUUCGACAGGGGCGGCGAUGGAAAGAUCUCCAUCUAG